AUGGCCGUGAACCAAACAACCCCCGAGACCUUCUACGUCCCUGCCACCCCGCAUUCCCCAAACUCCACCCUUCCCGUCGUCGUAUACAGGAACGCGCUUGCGGACAGAUCGUACGAAGCCGCAAUGGAAGUCCUCCAAUCAAACCAAUGGAUAAGAGGUGGACACUGGAAGAUUGCCAACGAGAAGCUUGCUGCUACUCCACACUACCAUGCCACCACUCACGAGGCGUACACCGUCUUGCAUGGCACAGGCACUUACCUUCUUGGCAAGUCGCCCCUGGAUGCGGACUUUGACGAGCACGGAAACGCCGUCGGCGUUAAGUUUGUGGCUCGUCCUGGGGAUGUCUUCGCUUGGCCGGCUGGGGUGACGCACUUCGUCACCGACACUCAAGAUGACUAUGAGAUCAUCGGGUUCUAUGCAUUGCAGACCGGCUUCAACACAGUAGAAGAGCCUUACGACAUGGAGUACGCUUUAGAUUCAGAAGAGGAGACCGCUAAGAAGCGAGAGAUGUGUGAGCGUGUGCCUGGCCCAGAACUUGAUCCAGUAUAUGGAAAGGAAGGAUCGAUGCCAAAGCUUUGGAAAAGAACUGGCCAGUGA